GUCUCUCAGAAGAAGAAGAGAUAUUGCACGUGAAGUUUGGAGAGUGAAGUCAACACGCUUUACUUUGAAUUAAACCUGCAUACAGUAAGGACCUUGUUACGCGGAGCAGCACGAUGAGUGUGUCCAUGCCGCAGAAGCGCUAUUACCGGCAGAGAGCGCACUCUAACCCCAUGGCCGACCACACAUUCCAGUAUCCGGUGUGCCCGGAGGAGAUGGAUUGGUCAAAGCUUUACCCGGAGUAUUUCCGCCCGCUGGACGGAAGCGGGAGUCCGGAGAAGCAGAAAGCGCAGGUGGAGUUUGCUGACAUCGGCUGCGGCUACGGUGGACUUCUGGUUCAGUUAUCAAAGCUCUUCCCCGAACAGUUGAUUUUGGGUUUGGAGAUUCGGGUGAAAGUCUCAGACUAUGUUCAAGACCGCAUUCGCUCACUUCGAGCUGCUGAACCAGGGAGUUACCAGAACAUUGCCUGCCUGCGCAGUAAUGCCAUGAAGUACUUGCCCAAUUUCUUCACAAAGGGACAGCUCAGCAAGAUGUUCUUUCUCUUUCCGGAUCCACACUUCAAGAAAACGAAACACAAAUGGCGUAUUAUUAGCCCUACGUUACUGGCGGAGUAUGCAUACACGCUCCGAGUCGGGGGUUUAGUGUACACAAACACUGAUGUUGAAGAGGUUCACGACUGGAUCGUCAAGCACUUCAGCGAUCAUCCUCUCUUUAGCAGAGUGUCUGACGAAGAACUGGCUGAUGACAUCAUCAUUAGUCAUCUGGGAACAUGUACGGAAGAGGGAAAGAAGGUUCAGAGAAAUGGAGGCAAGAAUUUUUUAGCAGUUUUCCGCAGAGUGGAAGAUCCUCAAACAUGAUGCUCCUCAAAUAAAGCUGUUGCACAGUAAUUGCUCACAUUUCCAGCAGUUGAUUUUCAACAUCCAAAAUGUUAUUUCUGAAUAUGAAUAAACAUUGUUCUUGACAUGUUCUGUAUAUUAAAUGUUUAUU